AUGUCAAGCACAUGGGAACAGAAGAAAUUCACACUUGCAGCACGGGGCAAAGGAAGUUAUCUCAUCACAGACGAAGUUUUAUCACAUCUUCCCCAAAUUAAGAACUAUGAAGUUGGCGUUUUACAUUUAUUCUUACAACAUACUAGUGCUGCGAUCUCACUUAAUGAGAAUUGCGAUCCUGAUGUUAGGGUUGAUAUGACCAAUUCACUUGAUAAAGUGGCACCAGAAGGUGAUGAUUAUAUACAUGCCGAUGAAGGACCUGAUGAUAUGCCUGGCCAUGUAAAGAGUACUGUUGUUGGUGUUAGUUUAAGUAUACCUAUAACUAAUGGUAGAUUGGCUACGGGAACAUGGCAAGGAAUAUAUUUAUUAGAAUUUAGAACCUAUAAACAUGCUAGAAGAUUAGUUGCUACUAUAAAUGGAUUAAAGAAGGAAUGA